AGAUAGCUCAGCUCAUGUUGUCUUUGUGGAGUGUAGAGACAACAAGACGUGGCUACAGAAGAACUUGAAAUCUUAUUAGUGUUUGACACAUUUGUGUUCUUGAAAAAAGUGCAGCUCGAAAAUUUAUUAUUGGUACCAAAAUGAACACAUACUAAGAGAUGAAAGCUAGAACACGCUUAAAGACCAAGACGAAUUAAAAUCUUCAAAGUUCCCUCGAGCGACGCCUUAACUCCCCAAGAUGGCCGACCUCCCGCCGCCUCCGCCGCCUCCGCCCGAAGACUACGACAUCGACCUCCUGCCUCCGCCUCCUCCGCCUCCCAUCGACUAUGACAUGUCCGCCCUCCCGCCGCCUCCGCCGCCUCCUGCGGACGACUUCCAAGCGCCUCUUCCUCCUCCAGACUACGACCUGGACAGUGCGCCUCCUCCGCCGCCCCCGGAGGUCCUCUACGAGAGUGCGGGGAGCGGAGACCCCCAGGGCCUCGCUGGCGGACAUGGGGCAGCGGGCCAGCUCGCGCGAGUCCGACACGGCGAGCCUCUCCAGCCGCAGGUCCACAUGGUCCUCGACGAGCCAGAAGAGGGCUACCCCGCGCCCCCCUUCGCGCCAGAGCAUGGUCAGCACACCUUCCGUCGGUGAGCGCAGAGGGUCUGGCGCACCCGUCCUACAGCGCCAGGUAUCCUCGGCUUCGAUGGCAGCCUACACGCAGCCGUUCAUGCUGACGGAGGAAGCCCAGGGCUCCUCUUCUCUGUACGGCACGAUGAGCAAGGCGGCGCGGAGGGCAGCCAAGACGCAGCAGCAGCCCCAUCACUCUGCUGAGGCGUACGGUACAAUCCGGCGCGGGAAUGCAGGCAUGAACCGGUUCGAUUUGCAUGAUCACAAAAGUGGUUCCAGUUCAAGCAGAGACGUGAGGAAUGUUCAAUGGAACGAACUAGGAAGAUCGUCCAGGAGCAGCCUGCAUUCGGUCUCCAACGGCUCUCAGAUGACCUUGUCCGGGAGUGACCUCGCGCCGAUUCCACAGGAGGAGACGGGCCAGCACGACUUUCUCACAAGACUCAAGCCGGUGCCCAGGCUUGUGAGCGAGGAGGGCGUCGGGAUGGCUGGCGAGCGCGUGACCAUCACUGAUGCCCUCAGCAAUGUCGACGUCCUUGAUGACCUGCCGCUGCCAGACCAGCAGCCGGUCAUCGAGGCACAGGCAUGUUCGGUUGUCUAUACGGCCAACUUCGACACCAACUUCGAGGACCGUAUGGCCUACGUGACGGGGGUGGCCAAGUACAUGGAGGAAGCAGCUACCCAUGCAGAAUUGAAUAAAUUACUAGAAGAGGGUGAAAAUCAUGCUGUUAUGCUGUACACUUGGCGGUGCUGUUCUCGUGCCAUCCCCCAACCAAAGUCAAAUGAGCAGCCGAAUCGUGUGGAAAUUUAUGAGAAAACGGUGAAAGUCCUGUCGGAUGAAGUAAAGAAGUUGACAAAGUUUAUGAAUUUCCAGAGGAAAGCCAUUGAUGUAUUCUGCAACCAAAUCAAGCGACUCUGUCACCAAGAGAAGCGAAAGGACUUUGUGUCUGAAGCCUAUCUUCUCACCCUUGGCAAAUUCAUCAACAUGUUUGCUGUCCUUGACGAAUUGAAGAACAUGAAGUCGAGUGUGAAGAAUGACUACUCAACUUACAGAAGAGCUGCGCAGUUUCUCAAGGUGAUGAGCGAUACCCAGUCUCUACAGGAGUCACAGAAUCUGUCAAUGUUCCUGGCCACCCAGAACAAGAUCAGGGACACUCUCAAGGAGAAGCUAACAGCAAUUCCUUCAUAUGAGGAUCUUCUGUGUGAUGUUGUCAACAUCUCGGUGCACAUGUUUGAGAACCGCAUGUACUUGACACCAAAAGAAAAGCAGAUGCUGGUCAAGGUGAUGGGAUUCGGUCUCUUCCUCAUUGACUCAGACAUUUGUAACAUCAAUAAACUUGACCAGAAGAAGAAGAUUAAGUUGGACAAGAUUGAUAAAAUCUUUAAGAACCUAGAGGUCGUUCCACUGUUUGGCGACAUGCAGAUUGCACCUUUCAAUUACAUCAAGAGGAGCAAGAACUUUGAUGCCAAAAUGUGGCCUCUAUGCAGUGCAUCAACCACAAGCCCACAGGCAGACCUGAUGUGCCAUUUACCACGCAUUAGGGAUGAACAUAUCAAGUAUAUCUCAGAGUUAGCAAGAUACAGCAAUGAGGUCAUCACAACAUAUAAGGAAACGGCACGUACGGAUGCAGAGAACAAAGACAUAGCAGACCUUGCCCUCCGUGGCCUCCAGCUCCUCAGUGAAUGGACAAGUGUUGUCACGGAGCUUUAUUCAUGGAAGCUACUGCACCCCACUGACCACCACUCCAAUAACCAGUGCCCAGCCGACGCAGAAGAAUAUGAAAGGGCUACACGAUACAAUUAUACUGAUGAAGAAAAGUUUGCCCUUAUCGAAGUCAUUGCAAUGAUUAAAGGCCUGCAAGUCUUAAUGGCUCGCAUGGAGACUGUAUUCCUAGACUCAAUACGACGCAACAUCUACCAGGAGAUGCAAGAUUUCGUGCAGCUCACCCUAAGGGACCCCUUGCGUAAGGCCAUCAAGAACAAGAAGGAACUCUUGAGGACGAUCUUGGUGUCAGUACGUGAGACAAGUGCCGACUGGGUGAAGGGAAUGGAACCCCCAGAUGACCCAGCACUCAAGGGCAAGAAGGAUCCAGACAAUGGGUUUGAGAUCAAGGUGCUAAGAAGGAAUGUUGGCCCUUCCUCAACACAGUUAUAUAUGGUACGCACAAUGCUAGAGUCUCUGAUUUCGGACAAGUCAGGAGGCAAGAAAACCCUACGGAAGGAACUGGAUGGCCAGCACCUCUGCCAGAUUGAUGAAUUCCACAAGACCUCCUUUUUCUGGACAUACUUGUUGAACUUUAGUGAAACGCUCCAGUUUUGCUGUGACCUUUCCCAGCUGUGGUACAGGGAGUUCUACUUGGAGAUGACAAUGGGUCGCAGGAUACAGAAGUGCACUGUGGAGCACCAUCACAAUGAGGAAUGCAAAGAUCUGGUGGUGAUGGACAAGCGCAUUCAGUUCCCCAUUGAGAUGUCCAUGCCGUGGAUCCUAACUGACCACAUCCUGCGCACCAAAGAUGCGUCAAUGAUGGAAUGCGUCCUCUACCCUCUUGACCUGUACAACGACAGCGCCUACUAUGCUCUCACACAGUUCCGCAAGCAGUUUCUCUAUGAUGAAAUUGAAGCGGAGGUUAACCUCUGCUUUGACCAGUUUGUCUUCAAAUUAUCGGAACAGAUCUUUGCCUACUAUAAACAUCUAGCUGGCAGCAUCCUACUUGACAAGAGGUUCAGGAGUGAGUGCAGCCUUCACAACAUGAGAAUCCAUUACCCACCAGCAAAUCGGUAUGACACCUUGCUGAAGCAGCGUCAUGUGCAACUUCUUGGCCGCAGUAUUGACCUCAAUAAGCUCAUCUGUCAGCGCAUAAAUUCAUCCAUGCACAAGUCCCUUGAAGUGGCUAUUGCUCGGUUUGAAGGGGCAGAUAUCACAUCUGUUGUGGAACUGGAAGGACUCAUUGAGGUAAACAAACUCACACACAAACUCUUGAGUCAAUUGCUCGUAUUGGACGACUUCGAUGCACAACUGAGGGAGGCGAACCACAAUGUCCUUGCCCCCUAUGGCAGAACAACGCUCCAUGUUUUCUGGGAACUCAACUACGAUUUCUUACCCAACUACUGCUACAACGCGGCCACCAAUCGGUUUGUAAAGGCACCUGUAACUACAUUUGCACAGCCAGUACAGAGAGACAAGCCUCCAAAUGUGGCACCAUACAUGGUCUGGGGUAGCAAGGCCCUAAAUGUAGCUUUCAACACAAUUUACUCACAGUUUUCAGGCUUCCUUGGUCCCCCCCACUUGCGGUCCAUUGUCCGAGUGUUGGGGUACCAAGGUAUUGCAGUGGUGAUGCAGGAGCUCCUUGAGAUCAUCCACUCACUCAUCCAGGGAAACAUCCACCAAUUCACAAAGACAUUGCUGCAGGCUAUGCCCAAGCAGUGCAAGCUUCCUAGAUAUGAUUAUGGAUCCCCAGGUGUACUUGGCUAUUACCAUGCCCAGCUUAAUGACAUCGUGCAGUAUCCUGAUGCCCGCACAGACCUCUUCCAUCACUUCCGAGAGUUGGGCAAUGCUCUUCUUUUCUGCCUGUUGGUAGAGCAAUCACUCACUCAAGAAGAAGUUUGUGAUUUGCUGCAAGCUGCACCGUUCCAGAAUAUUUUGCCGCGCCCCUUCUGCAAAGAGGGUGAGAAGCCAGAGACAAAACAGAAGCGUUUAGAGGCAAAAUAUGCUCCAUUACAGAUUGUCUCCAACAUUGAGAGGCUUGGAACAGCAAAGCAAGCCAUGAUUGCACGAGAAGGUGACUUAUUGACAAGAGAGCGCCUUUGCUGUGGCUUGUCAAUCUUUGAGGUUAUUUUGACACGAAUACAGACCUUCUUGGAAGACCCCAUAUGGCAUGGUUCCCCACCCGCAAAUGGUGUAAUGAAUGUAGAUGAAUGCACAGAGUUCCACCGCCUGUGGUCUGCACUCCAGUUUGUCAUGUGCAUACCCGUAGGAGCUAAUAACUUCACUGUUGAACAACUCUUCGGUGAGGGGCUCAACUGGGCUGGGUGCUGUAUGAUUGUCCUUCUGGGGCAGCAGCGAAGGUUUGAGGCGCUUGACUUCUGUUACCAUGUCCUUCGGGUGCAAAAGGUGGACGGAAAGGAUGAGGCUGUUAAAGGAAUUCAAUUGAAGAGGAUGUGUGAUCGCAUCCGGCGGUUCCAGGUGCUUAACUCUCAAAUCUUCGCUGUUCUGAACAAAUACCUGAAGACAAGUGACCCUGAUAACCUCCCAGUGGAACACGUGCGAUGCUUCCAGCCACCUAUCCACCAGAGCCUGGCUAACCAGACAUACCAACGACCGGACCACUUACGCUAGGGCUAUAUUGACAUCCAGGAAACUUGUAAUCAGAAUCAGUUCUGCAAGGGAGAGUAGGAGCAUCAUGCAGUAUUGCUCUGCUGUGAGAAUAGACUUCUUGCAAGGCUUUGCUGGAGGAUUUAUUAGAGUGGAUGCUUGUCCUAACCCCCAACCCCCCUCCCCCUCAAAAAAGUACUCUACUUUUCCUCUAGAGAUACACACUUUUGUAUAUAUUAUUUUAAAGAUAUUUGGCUUUUCCAGAACUGUUGGAAAUUGUCUGAUUAAGUGAGGAGAGGAAAGUUUGGUGAAGACAUUUUUAUGUCUAAAUGCGAGAACCACCGGGAGAAAGGGGUAAUUGUUGUGCUGUGUUGAACAUUCAUAUAUGGCCAAUAUGUACUGUUUAAUUUGAAAGACAGUAAGGUACAGUGGUUCAUAAAUGAGUUGUAUAUGCAAAACUAUCCUUGAAAAUUUAUUCAAAUCUGUAUCUCUAGUCAGGAGACACUGUUAGUUCCUCUGUUGAUUGUGUAACCUCACCUUUUACCCCUUCUCAUUUUGCAAUAAUUAGCUUAAUCUGGACUUUACAAGUUAAGUUUAUGCCAUGUAGUAAAGCAGAUAUUUUGCCGAUAUUUCUCAGUUGGAUAAUGUUUAUUUUCACAGGGACUAGCCUGACUAGUUCAAUUCUAGAUGAGGUUACAAUUGGCUGUGCAUUAUAAACUAUUUUAGUUUCUUUCAUAUUAUGUAUAUACACAAUAUAUUAAAUCCCAAAGUGAAAUUAUUUCCAAGUGGGAAAAAUGCAGAAGGGAGGAAACUAUAUUAAUCUUCUGUUAGAAUAGGUCUACAGUUACCAUACAUAUAGUCCCAGUUACACAAAAUAUCUGCUUAGACGCCAUGUAGAUAAUCUCAUUCAGAGCUAGUAAAAAUCUCUAAGUUGAUUUUUUUUUAUUUUCCCUUUUUUACCUUUAUUCUAUUUAUUUAUUCAUUUAUUUAUUUUUACUUAAUUUUUUUUGUAAGUUACAAUUAUUAAAUAUAUUAAAAUCUAGCCACAUGUAACCUCAUUUUAUUUCCAUUCAAGGAUGAUAGACUUUUUAAUGCGGUAUAUUCAACUUGGGGAAUCUCAAUUGUAUUUUGUAAAUGUUAUUAUUUCAGUCCAGGUUGAAAUUGACAUUUUCCUGCAAAUUACCAGGUAGGGACGGAGUCUGCACAUUUUUUUUCUGAUAAUGAAAGGCAAUAGCUUACCAGUAUUCAAGGCAGAAUACUGGUAAAUCUGACUGCUCCCACAGACAGGAUAUUUAACAAAUUGUAGUUACAGAGUUACUAAUACUAAUGCUCCCCAGUUACCCCUCUUAUUUCCAUCCAAACUUUUUCAAAGCCAGUCUCUUCCCCAGCUACCAGACACUUCAGGCUGUUUCAUACUCCACUUGCUUUUAGGUUGGUGAACUUUUUUUCAAACCUCCUAAAAACAAAAGCAUGUUCACAAAUGUUCCUUUGGCCUGAGGGGUUAACGAUAUAAAUUUCUCUAUGGAUGGAUUUGUAUAACUUGUAUAUUCCUUUAUUAAUAACUAUAUAUGUCUUAUAUAUAGUUGAUUAUUCCUAAGUUUAGUAUGUUUUUACAUUUUUGAUGUAAAUGUCUGUAAAUGACAUUUUUCCCUGAAGCUUUUUGCCUUGUGUAGAUAUUGCUUUAGGGUCUUGCAUGGUUUCUUGUUAUAUAUUACUGACAUUUUAAAGGGAAUUUAUGUAAUGACUCUGCUUGUGAUAAAAGAACAAAAAGAAGAGUUGACAACUAAAUUAGUUUGGGUAUAUUAUAAUUCAGAUAUCAAACUAUUACUGAAGGUUCUUUUGGUGCGUAAUGAAUGAGUGAUUAUAGAUAUGGCCAUAUAUGGGGUUCAGCUUAUGAUUACCAAGUAUUUUUGUAUAAGAGAAAAUGUAUAGAAAUGAGACACAAACUGCACUGCACACCCUUCACACAUAGAUAUGAAUUUUUUUGUGCUUGUAAAAUGAGAAUGGACAAAUGCUGUACAAAAAAAUAACUAAUUAGCAAUGCAAGGUUUUUAAGUUGAUCAGUGGCAAAAGGUGGGACAGGAAUGUAUAUACAAUGGAGUUACUUUAGGCUUUGCUGUGUAUAUUGUAUAAGCAACAGUAUUGAACUUACUGGCCUUUUGAGCGCAACUUUUCCCAGUAAGACCUUCACGCAUAAUGCUAUAGUCAUUACCAGUAAUUCUAAUAUUAUUAAUGUCCUGGAUGUAAGGGUAAGUCCUUAUUUUUACUACCUAUGUACUUUGCUCUUUGCACUGUACAAUGUAUUACCAAGUAGCUGUUAGUGACACCCAUUCUUGAGUGCCUGAAAGAAAUGUAGGUAUUGGGGCUAUCAAAGGUGAAGUUCAUUUUUUUUCAUUGCUAGCAGGAGGAAGCUUCAGAGAAUAAACUUUUAUUAUGCAUUAAUAUUUUUGAAAGUUACUGGUUUAUGUUGCACUACAUGAAGUUUGUUCAGAAUUUGUAUUCAAUAGUUUCUAUGUGUAUAAAUUCAUACACAUCGCUCUAGUUAAAGAGGAAUUAUUUUAUAUAUUUAUAUCUUUUUUACUCAAGUCUUGUAGAUAUGAAAACCAUUUAUUGUGUUCUAUUGUUUAUCCUGUGUUCAGAGAAAGGCAACUAAGAUUAUAGGUUGAAGUUUGAAGAAUAUCUCAAGGAUAACUCUGUGAAAACAGUUAUUGGAGAGGUGCAGUUUUGAUAACAUAUCACACUCCAAGGAAACAAGACAUUAGUACUCAGUGUUACAAUGAUAAUUUGAAUUUGCAAAUAGGGGUGAAGUUCUUAAAACAAAUUUUCCCAAAAGCUUAAUGGGUGUAGGCGAGUUUUUGAUGUCUUCUUGCAAGAGAUUCAAAUAAAAAGGGAGUUAAAAGAGCAUCAAGCAGAUUAAGCACUAGAGGCUUUGUCAGUGUUUCUAUUACUGACUAGUCUGUUGGUAUUUUGCUUUAAAUCAUAGUAGAAAUGUCUAGCAAUCCUAAAUAUUAGCAGUAUUUCAUGAUAAUUUGAUGCAGUGGAUCAUACAGUAGAUAUAAAAUCGCUUAACUUGGACUUUCAAAUUCACAUAGAUUAUCUCCUGUUGUGCUCAGAAUAAUAGCUGUUUACUGGGAUUUAGUGAAAAUAAAUAACCUUUUAAAAAUAUUUCAGAAUUAUAAGUGACCAAUACAAGUUUAUGAUAAUGAUGUUCAUGUCUUACUAGGAUUAGUAAGGCAUGUGAAGAUGAGCAUUGUCUUUAUUGCAUGGUUGAACAAGCGGGGACAUUUUUCUCCUCAAUUAAAAUACGUGCUGGAGAAUACCUGUACAAUACCAGUUUUAUAUCAUUAAAAUCAUACAAAUUAA